AAUGGUCAGGAUAAAAUCUUAUUUCAUUAUAUAUGCAGCACCUGAACUGUUUCGCGAUGAAAGCUAUUAUGGCGUCUUCGUAGACGUUUGGGCUCUAGGAAUAAUGUUAUAUUUUAUGGUAACAGGAGUUAUGCCUUUUAGAGCAGAGACGGUUGGAAAAUUGAAAAAAUGUAUUCUAGAAGGCACAUUUACAAUACCUUCUUACGUGUCAGACAGUUGCCAAUUUUUAAUACGUUCCAUUUUACGUCCAUUACCUACGGAUCGUUUUACCCUUGAUCAAGUUGAACGAGCUGAUUGGCUUAGGGAUGAAAUUUUUCCUGAAGCCUUGGAAAAAUACGAAAUAACCCCUGCCGUUCAUCCCUCGAACGGUGUUUCAGAAGAGGAGCGAGAGGCUUAUAAAGCCAUGUCGAAUCUCGGUAUACAAGUUGAACAUAUUGAACAAUCAUUUGGGAAGCAUGCCAGAAGUAGUAUUACUGGGACUUAUAGGAUUUUGCUCCAUUCUAUUCAAAAGAAAAAAUCUGGAGGUAGUGAAAUAUAUAAUCAACAAGCCGAAAGCGUUAAAAAGACGUCCAUGAACAAUAAAUACCAUGAAAAUAAGAAGAGCGCUUUCUGCAAUAUUUUAUAG